AUGUCGGACCCCAUUGAACCUCGUCCCACUCGGCCCCUGAUCGAUUCGUACAGCUAUCACUCGCCGUUGCCCGACUGGCUCUUGCAGGACAGGCUCGACCAGGAUGAAAAGGGUAUCAAGGAUGAGAACGAGGAAGGAUGGAUGUUGGGUAUAGACGAGGCUGGACGAGGGCCCGUCCUCGGACCGAUGGUCUACGCUGCAGCAUAUUGUCCGCUCAGUUUCAAGCCUACCUUGGAAUCACUCGGAUUUGAUGGCGACUGGCGUAUUAUAGACUCCAAGGCGCUAUCCCACGAGACUCGGGAUGCACUCUGGGACGCAUUCACCGCCCACCCUUCCCUAGUCUACUCGUCCACCACUCUCUCUCCACAAGAUAUCAGCUCGGGCAUGCUCCGCAGAUCGCCCUUUAAUCUGAACAGGCAGGCCGAAGAAGCGACCAUCGGUUUGAUCAGGGAAGCCUUGGCGAGGGGUGUCAACCUGAAGGAGGUCUAUGUAGAUGCCCUCGGUCCGGCCGCACAAUGGCAAUCCCGUUUAUCCCAGAUCUUCCCCACCCUCUCGAUCGUCGUCGAGGCCAAAGCCGACUCGACCUACAAGAUCGUCGGUGCCGCUUCGAUCGUCGCCAAGGUCACGAGGGAUCGAUGGAUCGAGAUGUGGAUCCACCCAGAGGGCAAAGGGGAAGCUCUAGGGAGCGGGUAUCCAUCGGACCCUAAAACCCAAAAUUACCUCAAGUCGACCUUUUCCCCCAUUUUCGGGUACCCCUCUCUGGUCCGUUUCAGCUGGGCGGGACCGAAGCUCAGGUUGGAAAAGGACGGGGUGGGUUGCAAGUGGGUGGACGAGGGGGAGAUGGGCGGUGGUCAGAAACGGUUGGAUUUCAGCAAGGUCAAUGGCGGGAAGGGCGCCGGCGUGGCAGGGGACAAGGAGAAGGGGAGGGCCAAGUUGUGGAAGGAUCUGGGGCUGAAAGAGGUUGGCGAGCUGUGA